UGAUGAGCACAUGGUGCAACAUGGAAUCUAAUAAAUAAUCCUGUAUUUUCCCAUAUAAAAAUAGAAAUUUCAUUUUUGUUUGGACAAAAAUAUGUUUUCUAGUGCAYGUAGAUGGAGAGACAUCUGGUGAAAAGAUCAGAGCUGUGCCGGGGGAUUGAGCACCGUGCUGACCAUGAGCGAGCAGAGCCACGUCAACAGCCUGUUCCUCAACGAGGACGCAGCCAAGAGGCUGCACAGCGACAGCAGGGUGCAGAGGAUCCGACAGGCUGUGCACAGGAGAGCAGCACGGGCCAAGAAGAGGAUGCACAGCAUCACUGCAGAGAGUGCCAAAAGCUUCUUCAGGAGAAAUGCCUUCGUCCUCUUCACCAUUGUUGCAGUACUCCUAGGGAUUAUCCUGGCCUUCUCCCUCCGGCCCUACCAGCUGACCUAUCGCCAAAUCAAGUACUUCUCCUUCCCCGGCGAGCUGCUGAUGCGGAUGCUCCAGAUGCUGGUUCUUCCUCUCAUUGUCUCCAGCUUGAUUACAGGAAUGGCCUCACUGGAUAGCAGAGUCUCAGGGAAGAUGGGGAUGCGGGCUAUCAUCUACUAUAUGGUGACCACAAUCAUAGCUGUCUUCAUUGGCAUCUUCAUGGUGAUCAUCAUACACCCAGGAAAAGGAUCUAAGGACAAHCUUCACCGAGAAGGCAGAAUUGAGCAGGUGCAGACCACAGAUGCCUUCAUGGACCUGGUGAGGAAUAUGUUUCCACCCAACCUGGUAGAAGCCUGCUUCAAACAGUACAAGACGCAGUACAGCACCAGGGUCUUCACCAGAACCAUCCUCCACAGCAGCAAUGUCACAGCGGGUGUGACAACCACUCAGAUUCCCGUGCCUGAGAACUUCACCAGCAUCAUGGAAAACGUGACUCAUGCCCUGGGAAGCAUCUCCGAGGUGCUGACCUUUGAAGAAGUCAUUCCCAUCCCAGGCUCAGCCAAUGGGGUGAACGCGCUGGGGCUGGUAGUGUUCUCCAUGUGCUUCGGUUUGAUGAUCGGCAGCAUGAAGCAGAGGGGACGGGCCCUGCGGGAGUUCUUUAACUGCCUCAACGAAGCCAUCAUGAGGCUGGUGGCCAUUAUCAUCUGGUAUGCUCCAGUUGGGAUCAUGUUUUUAAUUGCGGGCAAAAUCCUGGAGAUGGAUGACCUGGCAGUGAUGGGAGGCCAGCUGGGAAUGUACACGCUCACUGUCAUCGUGGGACUCCUCAUCCACGCCCUUUGCAUCCUGCCCCUGCUCUAUUUCAUCGUCACUCACAGGAACCCCUGGCUCUUCAUUGCAGGGCUCCUGCAGGCUCUGAUCACAGCCCUGGGCACCUCCUCCAGCUCAGCAACACUGCCCAUAACCUUCAGGUGCCUGGAAGAAAAYAAUGGUGUGGACAGGCGUAUCACGAGGUUUGUGCUGCCUGUGGGAGCCACAAUCAACAUGGAUGGCACUGCUCUGUAUGAGGCCCUUGCAGCCAUCUUCAUUGCACAAGUCAACAACUACGAACUUGACUUUGGGCAAAUCAUCACAAUAAGCAUCACUGCCACGGCAGCCAGCAUUGGAGCUGCAGGCAUUCCCCAGGCAGGACUGGUGACSAUGGUGAUAGUGCUGACAUCAGUGGGGCUCCCUACUGAGGACAUCACACUCAUCAUCGCUGUCGACUGGUUUCUGGACCGCCUUAGAACAACUACCAAUGUGCUGGGGGAUUCUCUGGGGGCUGGCAUUGUGGAGCACCUCUCCCGGCAUGAGCUGGAUGCGCAAGACUGCGAACUUGACUGUUUGUCCAACUUUUCAAGAAAACAUUGAAUUCUAAUCCUGAAGAGACUUCCUGACCAGGGCAAAUGGAAGGAUGAAUCAGAAGAUGGUUGGAUUGGAUUCUAGCUCAAAUGGGAAUUAAUUCUGGGAAGUCCUAUGGCUCUGGUUMCACAGACAGUCACACUAGAUGGUCAUAAGGGUCCCUUCUGGCUUUCUAAUAUAUGCACGUGCUUUCUGCCUUAGAGAUAUUGCAAAGGUUCUUUCCAACCCAAUCAUUUCUAGGAAGGAUCCUAAUGAUACAUUAAUAAAACUCAGCAGGAGUCUCACCUGUUUUCAGUUGCUGUUAGCAGACAUGUACACACACCACAAAAGGGACUCUCCAYACCACACUGCAUCCACAUAUUUGCAGAUGUUCCCACAAAGCAGURCACACCAAGCCUUGCCAUUUGUGUUUCCCUGCUUCCAACACAAGAUUAACAGAGCACARACAAGUAGAGGCCUCAUUUUCAAACAGUGCAAACCAGUCUUCCUUUGGGAAUUUCAGAAUUCAGUUGAUAGCUUUUAGCUCUGGUGUUUACCCAUGUUGUUAACCAGAUUGUGAUUGGAAUGAUCUGUUUACAGUACUUGAACAUCAAAGUAUUGUCAGAAAUUUCCAYAUACUUACAUAUAUAUAUGCACAUAUAUAUGAAAGGGGUGCAUGUUGCAAGCAUACAUAUACACAGAGCUAAWUUUUUUGUUACUAAUCCAAGAAGGAAAGUCAAUAUUACAGUCUCACUGUGUGUAAAGCUGCAUAUUUCAUUUUGGUGCCCACCUUGAUUUACUCAUUUAAUCCUAUCCUUAAAACAAAAAGUUGAGGCUGUUCUACUUCAUUCCAGAAAUGAGUCUUCCAAAGCCAGAUUUCCCAGAAAGGAGCUCAAUGCAUGCCAAUUUUGACUUGUACCUGCUGGUGAUGAAAUGAGAACUUCUCAAUGUGUAGAGAAAAUUCUCCGCUGUGUCCUUGACUUGUCUGCACACAUCCCAAAGACCCCCAUCCCCACUGCAUCUGUCUUGGCAAGGGGCAAGCUUUCAGAGCUCAGUCAGGAAUACAAAAGUGUUUGUACUCCUUCCAAAUUCAGUGCUGACCUUGUACGAACUCAGCCUUCAAAACYGGAUAAUUUUUGAACUGUAUUUUAUAAUUUUAUCCACUGUCUUUUUAAAUUACCAUAUACUUGAGAGCUUAUGCAGUUUUUACUGCAGUCCUGCUGCUUCUACUUGCAGAAACUUUCUAAGUUUCUCCUAUUUGCAARCAGAUCUCUCCCUAAUGAUUACAGAUGGGAUGAAACAGAAAGCUAUCUCAAUGYAUAAAUACACAAGCAGCUCUUGGGUUAGGACACAUCUCUUCAUUACUAAUUUGAAGAGAGAAAAUCUGGGAAUAUGGAUUUUCAGUUAGGCCAUGUGUCACUUUAUGCAUCUAAUACAUGCACAUUGUUCCAGGAGUUGAACUGCCCAUGAAAACUGACCUGAAAUUGUAUGUUCUUCUGCUGUGCCCAAAGAAGAGCUGGAAAUCAGUACUGUACAGUGUGUCCAYGGCAUUUGGGCAAUUCGACUCUGUUAAUUCCUGAGGGCUUUUUCUUCAUGCUGUGAUUUUCAGUGUUAAUACAGAUAGUUUCCAUAUUUGAA